AUGUAUCACGGUUCGGAGGAGGAAUUACGCGCUGCAGAAAUGGCAGGUCGCGUGUAUGACAAUUUGUGCACGAGCACACCACCGGAGCUGCACGGGAUUCGUCAACUACACACAAGCCACAUUGGCGGUGCCUCACUUGACGGAGAGAACGAGUCCACAUACGGGAGCCAUAACACCUCAACCGCCCAGCAGUCACAGAAAAGACGCGUGGGUGGAAUCCACCCGCAGCACGCUGGUGUGAAUGCCGUGGUGGAGAUUGCGCGUCGGGAAUCCGUGCUGCGUCAGUUAUACAACGACAAACUGCGUAGUAGUGUCAGCGCCAUUUUUAGUGCUCUCAUGAAUGAGUUGCCGCGGGAUAACAUCUUUCUGCAGCUUUUGAGUGACCCAUCGACAGAGCAGUACUGUCGUGUACGUGUGGGUGAGGUGGUGGAGAGUUUUCUCUUCUCCGUUCAGGCGCACCAGUACCAUAACCUUGCCUCCGAGCUUGCCAAACGUGAGGUGGAGGUCUUGACGCUCUCCGGGCAGUUGGAGGAGGCGCAAAAGGCGCAAUGGAAUGCGUCGCCUCCCCUUACUUCUUGCAAGACCACACAAACAGACGAUCGUAUCGACGCCGGCAUGAAUACCGAGCAUCAUUCCCGUCUGACGCGGGGUGAAAGAGUGGGGGGGAAAGAGGAGGAAGAAGAGGAAGCGGCAGCACGCGCGGCACAGGAUGAACUGAUUGCGCUUCUUGAGGACGUGACGCGUGAGCAUGAACUUGCCAAAUGUCGUGAGUGCCUGUCCGCACCCAUGUCGCUGCUUGAGACAGUACAUGCCGAAGGGAACUACCAUGACAAGUACGAGUACCUCUCCGAUGUUGUUGGCCAUCUUUUUCGCUCUGUUCAGGGGCUUGUGAUGUAUGCGGAAGGCUCACUCAACAGCCUGGAGUCUCUGCGGCAUGGCCUCUGUGGUGUUUGGGGACGUCACGAUAAUGAGAGCGAUGCUGGCGGGCAAAAAACAGUAAAUCCGCCCUUGCCAAACUCAACACUCGCGACAGGGCCUUUUCCCUCAUCCCUCCCAUCCUCCACCGUUUCUGCAGCCGCCAAUUCACCCAUGCGGCAACCACAAGAGCAACAACGAUUGGCGAUCUUUGAGGAAGAGCGAGCCCGGCUGGAGAUGCUGGCAGCACAAUUAAAAUAUGCACAGCGUCAUUGCUGUGAGGUCGUUGAAGGCCUUGGAAAGGGAAAAGAGGAGCUGCAGCGACAGUGCACUGCCCAUCAGCAGCAAUUGGAACAUCUCCAACAGGUAUCUCUCAGAAACAAUACGCAAGAGUUGAGUAGAGCUCUGAAAGCCAAUGAAAAGGCAUUAGUGCAACUCCGGGAAGAUCUGCAGCAGUCCUUGCAACAGAACGGCUCAAGCAC